AUGAAUUCAAAUUCAAUGAAUAAAAAACUUCAACCAUAUGUUGUAUUAUUACAAGCUGUUCAACAGAAACAUCUUCUUUGUUUUGAUAAGGAUUUUAUUAGUAGAAAAUUGAUUGAUGAUGGAUCUAUUAUAAACUAUGAUUAUGGAAAAGGCAAAGAUAUUAUUUAUGAUUAUGAAGAAAUUGAAUUUAUGCUUCGUGACAAGAUUUGUUGUUUACCAUUAAUUGAUACAGAAAGAUUACAUUUUCUAAAUUAUCAAUUUGAACUCUACGAUGAAAAUACAUCGUUAAUUACUAAUGUUCGAAGACGUAUCGAACAAAAGCUAUUGACUAAUAAAGAACGAAUUGAAUUGCAAAAUUUAAUUAAAAACAUUUCAAAUGAUGAUAUACUUCAUUAUCUUGGUUCACUUGAUUAUAUCUUUACAUAUUUGCGUCAUUUUGAAUAUAAAAAUGUACCGAUAUUAACAAUUAAAAAAUUUGUCGAACAAUAUAUUUAUUCAAAAAUGGGUCUCAGUGAAAAUUUACUUCGAGAUCCUAUGCUUUCGACAAUUGAACUUAAAUAUAUCAUUGACUUGUACGAAUUAAUUGAAGAGAUUGUAUUUGAAAAAAUUUUACGAAAUAAUAUCAAACAAGAUUUACCUGAAACAUUAUUAGUUUCAGACAAUAAAAAAAAUGAUCUCAUCAAUCAAUUUAUUGACAUGACAUCAGGAAAAAUAACAAUAAGUGCUCGUCUAAAAAAUUUAGACUGUUGGAUUAAUAUGCUCAAAAGACUUAUUCAAUAUGUGAAGCGUUGUGACGUAUGGACUGUUGAUGUGACUACCAAUGAUAUUGAAUCCUUUAAAAUUAAUGAUGAUAUUUUAUUACGACAUACAUUUAUUAUUUUGAAAGGAUUAGAAGCAAGACAAAAUGGUCCACAAAUCGAACGACAAAAAAAUGAUGUUAGUCGACAGGCUUGUGUUGAACGACCAAUAUUAACGACACCUGUAUGGCUUGCUAAUAAUAUAACUAACAGAAGUUCACCUAAAGUGAUUAGAGACAAUAGAUAA